CACUACACGCCGACCAGCCCACGCAGCAGCAGGCGCAGACGACCCGCCUGUUGGUGUGAGCACCAAAGUUGCUGAAGCCUGCGCCGGUGCUGUGCUCAUCAAACUUGCUUUUCCUGUUGUCGACGACUUGUGUGUAGCUGUUUCGCAAUCUGCUGCCGGUAUUACCUCUGCCUGCCUUGAAACAACAGAAUAAUCGCUCAUCUUUUAUUUCAAACUCAUUUUUAAGGCACACAAAAAAUUCCUUGGGCUUUGAAAAUACGAAGACUUUUGCUGAGUAUAGUGGAGUGAAACUGAAAGAAGAACUUUUGGAAGAGUCUAUAACGGUUUGGAGUCUGCGAGCCUCAAAAAGGCGAGGUUUGGUGAGGAGAAGUUGCACAAGCGAGCUUGCACAAACUUGAGAAGAAGCGAGAGCUACCGGUUUCUACCUCCGCAACCAAAAUGCCGGCAAGCUUUUCAGCGAUUUCAACAUGGCUGAAGAUAGCCCUGAUUUGUCUCACCCUCGGAGUGCUCCUCUUCGUCGUCGGGUUUGCAACAGAUUCUUGGGUUGUUGUGCCUUACCGGCAGAGUUCUAUAGGGUUAUGGGGCUUGAAGAGCUGCGUUGGCCACGGCUGCGCUUCCGGCAGACUGUCCCAAAGAAAUCUUCCAGACUUCCACAAGGCCACCCAGGCGAUGGAGUGCAUCGGGCUGAUCGCCGUUUUGCUGGCAUUUCUCAUUCUGCUGCUCUACUGCUUUGUGAACGGAUGCCGCCGCAGGGAGGCGCUACUGGCCACUAUAUUCUUCAUCUUUGGGGCAGUCAUCGCCAUGGUGAUCGGCUACAUCAUUUUCGGCACAAAGUACGAGGGAGCAGGCUACGAGGUCGGCUGGUCCAUGGGCGUGGCCAUCGCUGGGACGGUCCUGAUCUUCAUUGCUGGGAUCAUGAGUGUGCUGCAGCAUAUGGGCCGAUGAACGGGACGGGCAUCGCACCCUGACCACCAGCUCGCCUUCCGUAUCAGCCAGCAACGGUCUAACGUUUUAGCCGAUUGGGCAGACUGCCGCAGUUCCUACUCACUGGCCUUGCAUCCUGAUACUGUUAACAGAAAAAAAGACGAAAUGAGGGAAGUUAUUCUAGGGAAAAGGGGUACAAACUUUCUCACAUUGCUGGUCUUUUUAAGGAUUCAGCCAUGCAUUUAAUAAAGUGAAAUUCUUUCUCUUUCUUUCUUCACCCCCCCCUUCUUCCCUUUUUCUUUCUUUCCGUAAUAUAUACUGGCGGGACCUAAAGCGUACGUGUUGAGCCAGAGUAGGCGGUGGAAAGAAUGGCACAAGUCAAUACAAGAACACCAAAACAAAACAAAUACAAAAACAAACAAAGCAAAACAAAACAAAACAAAAAAACUACAAACAAACCAACAACAAUCAUGAAGCACUCAAACAAGUUAGCUCAUAUACUGCUACUUUUAAUGGACACAAAAGCUCACUUUAAGAUACAUUGCUUCCUGAAAUGCUACAGCAUUCAUCUCAAUGAUCUUUCCGUUUUAAUUCAAGUAAAUUUGGCACAUUCAUUUCAUUCUCCCAUCUUCUCAUUCACUAAAAUUUUGCUCAAAUUUGAACGGCAUUUUUAUAUUAAAAAAAAGGUAGCUAAGCAAACUACAUUCACGUGGAAACAUUUUUUUUUUACGUCUAUGAAAACCCCUCCUCGUAUACUUAAAAUGGAUCUUACUAGCGUACCAGUAGAUUUUCAAAAGUGGAAUAAAAGUAUCUUUCAAGGCAAUGAUAGUGUGACCUUCAACUUAUUAGAGCCGAAAACUUUGCGUGGCUGCCAGGAUGCAUUUAAUUAUCACAUGAAUAAUUUAAUUUAAAGCCAAGUUUUAGAGUAAUAUAGAAGUGUGGUAGACAGUACAGUCACGCAUACAGAAAGACCUUGCUAUUCGGCUGAUCGGCGCCAUGUUUGCUAGCUUGACGUUUACAGAGUUUCUCCCCUCCUGCUAAUCUUUACCUCCCUUUUCUCUUUUCUCGACUGCGGUUGUCAUUAUUAACACAGCAGCAUUUUAUUGCAUUUUAAAAACAAAUAAUUAUAUUUAACUUAAAGCCUUUUUGAAUUUGUCAUAAUCAUAUCUGAUGUUGUGGUGUUUAUAAACGAUUUUUCACAUUUAUAUUUACGUUAUAUUUACGGUAGAGCAUGCUACAACAAUUUUAGAUAUCGACGUUCAGGUAUUUUUGCUAAAUAUCACGCAUAACUUUAUUGAGAGCCUUGAUAUUUAUAAACUAUCAAGUGUUUACAUGUUAGUAGAAAUGUGCAUGCAAUUCUGUUAAUGAUGUUAUUUUCUUACCUAUUAUAUUAACGUUUCUAUACUUAAAUUGUUUGCGCUUUGAAAUAAACUUUUUUUUCGAUU